GAGCAAGUGUGAGUGGUGCCAGUGUCAGAAAUGCAGGCGUGCAAUUUUUUUAGCCGAGUUGUUAACUCUACGAAGACUAACGCGCGAUCUUUUUCCAGAACACUUGGAGCCAUGGUUAAGGUUGGAGACAAACUGCCAUCUGUGGACCUCUUCGAGGACUCGCCAGCCAAUAAGAUAAACACCGGCGAGCUAACAAAUGGCAAGAAAGUGAUAUUCUUUGGUGUGCCCGGUGCAUUUACUCCCGGCUGCUCAAAGACCCAUUUGCCGGGCUACGUAACUUCAGCAGACUCGCUUAAAGCGGAGCAGGGCGUAGACGAAAUCGUCUGCGUUUCUGUAAACGAUCCGUUUGUGAUGUCUGCAUGGGGCAAGGAGCAUGGAGCAGCUGGCAAGGUUCGCAUGCUAGCCGAUCCCGCUGGCAUUUUUGCAUCCGCUUUGGAUGUGAACAUUGACCUGCCACCGCUAGGCGGUGUGCGCUCCAAGCGUUACUCCAUGGUCGUACAAAACGGCGAGGUUAAGGAAUUAAACAUUGAGCCCGAUGGCACUGGCUUGAGCUGCUCGCUGGCCAACAAAAUUGGCAAGAAGUAAACGCGCAAUGUCUAUUUCCCAAUAUUUACUUGUAGUAAACGAAUCAUGUAAUAAUUAGUGCCGUGGCCUAGCGCCAAAAUAUCAUGUUUUCAAUUAUAUAUUGAAGCGAAACUAUGUAGUGAAUAAAAGAACUGCAAUUAUAAGAA